CUCGUAGUUAUUCUUUUGGUUUUACCUUCAUACUACAUUCACAGAAAUAUGAUUGGUUUCGUCGUCUAUUGAUUAUCCCAGAGGUGUUCUGCGAUCAAAAUCAACACCGCGUUUGAAAAUAUGACUUCAACCAAAGCUCCUCAAUUACAACAAUCAACCCCGGGGUGGGUGAAGUGGAUUAGUGAUGAAGAUGUUUUCCGAGUACUGACAUGGGAUCGACUACUACCAGCUGUGCAUCGGUCAUUGGUAGCUUACACUCAGGGCCCUGACCAUCCACAAGGAGCUGUACAACCUCUUCGUACCUGGGUAAAAAUACCUGAACAUCAAGGAAACAUGAUUGUGAUGCCAGGGUUAUUGAAAGAUGAUGCACUAGUUGUCAAGAUUAUCACUCACUUCCCUAUGAAUGCAGCACGGGGUCUCAGCUCCUUCAGUGCUCUCAUUGUACUUAUGCGUCAUGACUCUGGCCUUCCUGUUGCGAUCCUUCAAGGUGAGGCUAUCACAGAGUUAAGAACAGCUGCAGCUUCUGCAGUUGCAACUCGUGAGAUAUUGCAAGGAAGGAAAGACCUGGAUGAGAGUGGCAUUAUAGUUGCAGUUUUAGGAGCUGGGGCACAAGGUCGUUCACAUGCCCGUGUUAUGGCACACAUCCUUAAGCCAAGAAAGAUCAUGAUUUGGGCAAGAAGGUUGGAGGCAUCCCAAGAGUUGUGUGAAACUCUUAACUCUGAAGGAAUACCUGCAGAAGUUGCAUCUAGUAUACAGGAAGCAGUCAAAGAUGCUGAUGUGAUCAACUCGUGCACUGCAACUUCCACUCCCAUCUUGAAAGCUGAAUGGGUUAAACCAAAGGCACACAUAAAUAGUGUUGGAGCCCCUUCCCCAAAUAUGCAAGAGAUGGAAGAAAACCUGGUACGGGAAGCAACCGUUUAUACCGACAGUUAUGAAGCUGCCAGGAAUGAGUCGGGAGAUAUCAUCAAAUCUGGGGCUGCAGUGUUUGCCGAAAUUGGAGAAGUAAUUCUUCAGACUAAACCAGUUCUGCAUGACAAAAUUACAAUUUUUAAGUCUCUUGGUUUGGCUGUUGAAGAUGCAGUGUCUGCCCAGCUUGUUUACGAGUUACUAAAAUCAGAGGAAAAUAAAUAAUUCAGAAGCAAAAAAUACUGUGAUUUAAGACUGUUCUCAAGAAAAUGAAAAUGCUUUAACCAUUACAUAUUAAGACAAAAUAAAAAUAGGAAAAGUUAUUUAGUGAAACUAUAUGCAAUUUGUAUAGAUAGUUCAAUCAUUUAAUUGUCUAAGAAUGUAAAAUUAUAUUUGACACAAAAGUGAAUGUGAGAGGGAGAACAGACACUCAACUACAGUAUGUCAUGUGAUGAGAUCAAGAUUGGGAUCAGUAAGUUAAAAGGAUGUUUAGUUAAGAUUUGUCUCCUCUUCCAGCAACUAUAAAAACAAAAUAAGAUUGUGCUCGUCCAAAUGAAGGUUGUAGUUGUGUCACAAGGGGCUUGCCACCUACUGUAUAUAAAAUACAUCAUAUUCCAAUCAAA